AUGUGUGAAUUUAUAGCUCUCUCGCUAAUAUUAUUUUCUGUUUCAUUUGUAAUAACGGACUGCUCGUCAAGCUUUGAUCAGCGACAAACUGGAGAUUUUAAUGUACAAAUUGGAUUGAAGAAUAUACAACUAAUUGCUUUACUAAAAGGCGGGAAAGAAGAAUAUGUGGAUUACGAUUAUGCUUAUGAUUAUUCAGAAAUGACGAUAAAACCACAAAACGGUACUACACCGAAACCGUUAAACGUAGCCAGCCCGCAGGUACCAAGUAAUGGAACUACAGUGGCAUCAGUUUUGGUUCAAAAUGCUACUUCUACAGCUAAUAUUGUUCAACAACCCCUAAACUUAUCAAUAUCACAGAACGUAUCCAAUCAACUUACAAAUGUCACUGACCCCAUCAUUAUCGACACAGAAUUUACCAGCAAUAUUACACUCGCUAGCGAUUCUGAAGUAAUAAACAAUAAUGAGACAUUAUUUAACAUUACUACUGUAAAAACCGGCGAUAGUACACCGCAGACUAACGAAAUGGCUAAUAUAUCGUCUGCCACUUCUACGCAUAUUCCGGAAAUUGUAGCUGUUGAGCCUACGACAGCAAUACAAGACUCCCCGAAUAAUAUAAGUGCAACACAGAUCAGUCAUUGUAGAAGAGGCUUUGUUCAAAAUCACCAAGGAAAAUGUGAAUAUAAAGGACAUGGUACUACAAACGCACUGCGUAGAAUAGUGAAGCUUGCUCAAAAAAUUAAAAUAGGAAGAGGAUACAAGGAAACGUAA